AUGGCAACGAGCGCAGCGUCUACACCUGCCCUAUCUUCAAACCCAAAGACGCUUGCCAUGGACCCCAACAUCAACAAGGACACGCUCAUCUCGGAAGCGGAAGCUGAAGAGACGCUUCACGAAAUCGAUAAUACGAUGAUGGACGAGCUCGACCAGGUCCUACGCACCCUUGCUAACACAUCGCCGCGUCGCCGACGCUACUUCUCGCCAGGCGCGUUGUUACUUCUUGUUCUCUACACACUGAGCCACGUGGUGUUCAUCCAGCCCGUAUCUUCGCUCCUAGGUCGCCAAUACCUCAUUCCCAUCAUCUUCAUGGUAUUCACAGAAGUCACCUCCGAGGCCUAUCUGGAACAGAUAGUAGGAUCGUACGAGAAGAUCGUUGACCGAAUGAGAGACUUGGCCCGCCUUUCACUCGACAUGGCACAUACCUGUGACAAAAGGGUGCAAGAGGCCGAGGAAGCGUUUGAUCAGACGGCGACGUACAGGACGACCUAUUUCCGCACCUUCCACCAAAAAUCAAAUGAGAUGCGUCUAGAAUACUAUCAAGCAUACCUGGAUCACUACGGAACCCUCAUCGGUAACGCCGAACUCAUUACCAAGAAGGUGAAGACCAUGGUUGCGCCGCCUAAAGUUAAGGGCGCGAAGAAGAACUGCGGCAACCGCAUCAAGAACGAUAACAACGCUCUUACGGAGUCUCUGGAGAACUUUGCUGCAGCGCUCAAACAGCGGCAGUCCACGGCGAGGCUACAGAUCGCAGUAGCGGAGAAGAUCAAGGACAUCCUCGAUCGCGAGGGCUUGUUACCGGAGGAGAUCGAUCGAGCACUGGAUGAGGCGGAAGCAGAUCUUGAGCGUGCGCAGGAAGCUUCGAACACUCAGACUCAAUCACCGAGUUCUUGUACCUCCAGCUCUAUCGCAUUGCCAUCACCGGUCGUUGAGAGCGUUGAUAGCAAGCUGGAGAAGCAUUUCGAGGACUUGGAUAAGUGGUUCCAGAGUGUGCGGGAUCAGCCUGUUGUCGCAGAUGAGAACUGA